UGCAUACCUUCAGUUAAGGGCCAGUGAUACUAAGAUGCAAUUUGAGUUUGUUAAAGACAUGCCUAGAGCUGCUCAACCUGAAAUGACUAUUGAUAUAUCUUUCUUAGUGGGAAAGGUAGUUUUUGUAUGGAUGAUAAUGCUUCUCUUCCCGGUCAUCCUGAGCAAUUUAGUCUACGAGAAACAACAGAAGCUAAGAACUAUAAUGAAGAUGCAUGGCCUAGGAGAUAUGGCAUAUUGGACUAUAUCAUAUUGUUAUUUUCUUUUGCUAUCACUACUGUACAUGCUCUUCUUGAUUGUUUUUGGAUCAUGGGCUGGUAUAAUGUUAUUCAAAAUGAGUGAGUACAGGGUACAAUUCCUAGUCUAUUUCGCCUAUAUGAACUUGCAAAUUUCGUUUGCUUUCCUUAUGGCAACAUACUUUUCUAAUGUCAGGACUGCUAGUGUGACUGGAUAUCUCUUCACAAUUGGGUCUGGCUAUUUAGCAGAAUAUUUAUUCAGGCCUAUUUUUGAAGAUAUGUCCCUCUCAAGAAGCUGGACUACACUCAUGGAGUUCUUCCCACCAUUUUCUUUGUACCGCAUAAUCUAUGAGUUUUCUCCACCACCAUCACCAUUUUAUCGUACGGACUUUUCUGGAAUACAGUGGGGAGACUUGAGUGAUCGCAAAAAUGGAAUGAAAGAAAUUCUCAUCAUAAUGGCUUUUGAGUGGGUCACGUUCCUUUUGUUAACAUUCUUUUUGGACGAAUUCGGUACCCUCAUAAAUGGAAUCAGAAAAAUGGUAUCGGCUUCUCAAAAGCAGACUAUUCAGCUUCAAGAAUCCGAGUAUUCAGUUGAAAUGGACAGGACAGAUGUUUUGAGAGAGAGGGAGAUAGUUGAACAACUCCUACAAGAAUCAGAUAGUAGUUAUUCAAUCGUAUGCAACAAUCUUAAGAAAGUGUACCAUGGUAAAGAUGGAAAUGCAGAGAAAAUUGCUGUCACGGGGUUAUCACUUUCUAUUCAACGAGGCCAGUGUUUUGGAAUUCUUGGUCCAAAUGGUGCUGGGAAGACGUCUCUUAUUAGCAUGUUGACUGGAUUUACUAAACCUACAUCUGGCACGGCUUAUAUUGAUGGAAUGGACAUUCGAUUGGACAUGGGCAAGAUUUAUACAGGAAUUGGUGUUUGUCCACAAUUUGACUUGCUAUGGGAAACACUGACAGGUCGAGAGCAUUUGAUGUUUUACGGCAGGCUUAAGAAUUUGAGAUGUGCAGCAUUAGAUAGGGCUGUAGAACAAUCUCUGAAAAGUGUACGCUUAUUUGAUGGUGGUGCCGCUGAUAAGCGUGUGGCAGAAUACAGUGGUGGCAUGAAGCGUCGUCUCAGCGUUGCUAUAUCCCUAAUUGGUGAUCCUAAGGUUGUUUACAUGGACGAACCAAGUUCUGGACUGGAUCCAUCAUCAAGGAGAGCACUGUGGAAUGCUGUGAUGUCUGCCAAACAGAACAGGGCCAUCAUUCUCACAAUGCAUUCGAUGGAAGAGGCCGAAGCUCUAUGCGACAGGAUAGGAAUCAUGGUAAACGGGAGCCUCCAGUGCAUUGGGAACUCAAAAGAGAUGAGAUCCAAGUAUGGCGGCACAUAUGUGCUCACCGUAACAACUGCGGCGGGCAAGGAGGAGGUGGUGGAGCAGCUGGUCCGGUCACUCUGCCCUGCGGCGAACAGAGUGUACCACAUCUCGGGGACACAGAAGUUUGAGAUGCCGAAGCAGGGUUUGAGGAUCAGCCAGGUGUUUCAGGCUAUGGAGCAUGCUAAGAGCUGGCUGAAUAUAGCUGCCUGGGGCCUCUCUGAUGCAACCCUUGAGGAUGUCUUCGUCAAAGUUGCCAAAGAAAGUGACAUAUCCUCUGUGUAGAGGUGUUAUCCGGACUUCGACCGUCCGUGGACACUUUGAUAUGAAUUUAGUUUCGACUUUGUUGGAUUGCAUUGGGUAUAUUUCGACUUCUGUGUAGAGGCCCUGUGUUGGAAAUUCCAAUCAGGGAGAGAUGCUCCAUAAGGAGUGCAAAUUUGGAACGAAUGUUUUA